AUGGCCAUAUGGUGCAGAGCAGCACCGGUGAGGGACGAGGAGCUGGAGAACAAGGAUGACUGCGUGUGCGUGGGGAUGCGGAGCACGCCGUCGACCGUGGUUGAGAUCACCGGGACCGUGAAGGAGGACAAGGACGACGCCGCGGGCAUGUGGAUCCGCGGCCGGCGGCGGAGGGGCUGGAGCAGCACGGUGAGGGGCGAGGGGCAGGAGGACGGAUCCUACUGCGCCGAACGACGCCUUGGCCGCCGCCUCUUCGUGCCGUCCUUCUUCCUGCUCCGCCUCGCGGCCUCCAGCGUGCGCACGAGCUCGACGACGUCGGGCGAGCACUUGCAGCCGAGGCCGUCCCCGAACAGUGCCCCUAAUCCGAGCCUCGUGUCGACGAUGGUGGCCACCUGCUCGAACCGCACGCUCCUGUUGCCCCCACCCCUCGCUGCGGCCGCGGCGACCUUGGCAUCGGCCGCGGGGCACGGCGACAGCGGGUACACGUCCGGGGCGCGACGACCGGUACUGACGCACGUGCGAGGCCGGCUCGAUGUGGCGGCGGCGGCACCACGCUUGCGCGAGGCUGGCUUGGCGCGGCUGCGGCGCAGGCGGCCGACGCGGCUACGGCAACGGCAACGGAGAGGACAUCGGUGGGUGAGAGAGCGCGAGUGCGAGGUGACUCAAACUUGGGCUUGUGCGCUAAAGGGGGCCAGGUCGCAGAGAAACGGAGGUGGUUUUCGUUUCCUGGAGCCACCCUUUUGGCUGCUUUUUGAAGCGUAUGAGCCGGACUGGGGAGCGGGCCAAGGACGUCAAACACGGCAAGUUGGCCACCUUAUCAAAUAG